AUGUCUAUCGGGCAUUCAAGACAUCGCUCAAACUCGAAUAAGAGCUCUUCCGUCCGAUCUCACUCCGACAUCAAAUUGAAACCCCCAACUCCAAGCAUCACUCCAGGUGUCGACGAAUUCGCAUUCGAGCCAUCGGCUGCAACUGGAUCGUUUCUGCUAUAUGCACAGCAAAAUGUGAUAUUGUGUGUUCACCAUGAUACCCUGGCCGUAGAGAGACGGUUUACAAGACAUCGAGAGGAUGUGUCCUGGAUUAGCGCAGAUACCAUCAGCGAAAGAGGAGCUGGCCGGCUGGUAGUGAGCUACGAUGCAGGAUCAACGGCGAUAGUCUGGGACAUCCUCACCGGUGACGAGGUGGCACGAUUCGCCUCAUAUGAGCAGAUUCGAGUUGCAACAUGGAUGAAGAACGGAAAUGUCGCUUUUGGAAAUGCGCAAGGUAACAUCAUCUUGUUCGAACCUUCCACAUCGGAACACCUUUCCGCAAGAACCAUCUUCGAUCCAAUUACAGCACUGGCACCCGCCUCGGACUGCAGAACUUUUGCGAUUGGAUAUCUCAACGGCUCAAUCUUGAUCGCGACUCUGCAACCUUCUUUCACCAUCCUCCACACUCUCACUACCCCUAGAUCUCCCUCCCCUAUCUCCGGGUUGUCAUGGCAUGGCUCUUCGUCAAAGCAGAAGUCUGAGAUGUUGGCGGCUCAGACGUCAGACGGAGAUCUCAGAGUAUGGAGUGUUCCAAAGGCUCCACAUGGUGCGGAUACGCCUUGCGUGAUUCGUGUGCUUAACAAAUCGGACCAACGAGAGCCAGGACCCUGCUGGUUUGCUUGGUCGAAGAACGGGCGAAUCAUCCAAUACACUGAAGGGCAAACCUGCUCAUGGGAUGUGCGCACUAAGCGCGUAUCGUAUGAGACUAUUCCUACAGUCAAUGGCGUUGUUGCCAUAUGCAAUCAUGGUCCUACCGCCACACUCUUCACUGUGGGACGCAACUUCAGCGUCCAACAGUAUGACGUGAAUCCCAGCGGCACAGCACAGAUCGUUGCCAAUGUCCAGCAUGCUCCCGCUAACACCCCUCCAUCGCCUCCCAUUUCCUUGGACGAGCAAAGUAGACAGAUUGAGGAACCUGUAACAGCGCACCCUGUCCGGUCAGCGCCAGAAGCGUUUGUUGAAUCCGAGAGCGAAAGCGAAGGUCCUGUCAUGUCACCACUGCAGAAGAUUGCACAAGAGAUGGAUCAACUGGAAGAGGAGCGUCGUGAUCGUCUUGGGCCGUUGAGCCCAGUGUCAAGUCGAGGCUCACAGAGUUCACGGUCAUCGGGUAGCGGUCGCGCUCCACGCUAUCGCUAUGAUAAACCUUCUUAUGGCACCGCGCGAUCUUCCCGGAGUUCAGGAACAGUGUUCUCGUCCGGAACGACUUCGAACGCAGACACGUCUCGAGAGAGUAUUUCAAUUCGAUCUCUGUCGUCGGCGACUUCUUCCCGAUAUGGAUCAUCGGCGCAACGCAAGGAAGUGCAGAAGACUCCACCUAAACCGCAAGGUACACAGCCUAUGGACUUGUUUCCUUUUACGAAGGCCAGAUUGACCGACGUCCCUUUUCGAGCCUCUGAUCUCGGUCCUGAACGGACGCCUGAUGACCUUCGACACAACAUGCUGCGGGUAGUUUUCGGCUGGGAUAAUGAUAUUGAAGAACUCAUUCGGGAUGAACUUGCACGUCAUCAUCAUGGAUCCGCCGCAGCUGUACUUCUCUCCAAGUGGCUCGGCGACUCGGGCGCUGAUAUGCUGGCUUCCAUGGUCGGUACUGACUCGAUGACUUCGUCAGACUGGAUGUUACUUGCUUUGAGCAACAUGGGCCAAGGCUCGCAAAAGAAAGUGGGCGAGGCUUUCGUUCAGCGCCUGCUAGAGAAAGGUGACAUACACCCUGCUGUGGCCAUCCUGCUUGGUCUCGGUGAACACAACGAUGCCAUUGAGGUCUACGUCUCUCGAAAGUACUAUAUGGAAUCAGUCCUGCUUACCUCCCUAAUCUUCCCUACCGACUGGCAGAGACAAUCGUUUCUCGUCAGAAAAUGGGGAGAAGCCGCUGUCUCUCGUGGCAAAGCAGAGCUAGCUGUCAGGUGCUUUUCCUGUAUGGGUCUUGAGACCACUGAACCGUGGUUCUCUCCACGAGCGCAGGAUGCUGUCUUCUCUGCUCAAAAGCAGGCCUUACUUGGCUCUCAACUCAGCCCACCACUGUCCCCUCCUAGUGCAGGGAACAGCAGGAUUGCGGCCAGAAUGGCCUCACUCAAGCUUGUCACUGACUUCUCACGUGGAGUUCAACCCAAACAAUUUCAUCACGAAGACGACGAUCAGACUCCGGUAAAUGCCGGCGUUACUCCCAUUGUAGAGUCUGCUAUCAGCCCCUCUGGUGGCGGCCGCCCAUGGCUAGGCACAAGGGCCGCCCGAGACGCCUCGAGAGAACCAUCAUCUGCCAGAACUGCGACGCCUGGCUCUUACAACAGAAAGCGCUUUCCAUCUCGGUCAGAUGCUAGUCGUUCUACGACGAACAAUGAGAAUCUCGCCUCUCUUGUUAUUCCCGACCGAGGGCAACGUGGAGAGUCGCAUCCAAGGACUGCUAUCGACAAUGUCGGCCGUGAAGCAGAAACUCUCCCAUUCAGCACUCGUAGAGCAACUUCCGCCGCCCCCAAAGAACUCAUGCUCACUGCCACGACAUUUGACUCUGGAAAAUCUAAGGGAUACUUGCCCUCUCCAGCAGUAGGCGUCUUCGAGACCUACAAAGAGAGAACAACAGAAUCACGUAACAGUUCUCGAAGCCGCAAUAUACAGGACCUCCACCUUGAGAUGAAUGAGAUAAUAAUAGAGCAAAGACCAGAGUCAGGCUACGCCGACAAGCUAAGUCCGCCUUUGACAGGAUCGAGUUUGAAAAGUGCAAAGGCGCGUAGCAUGGAUCAAUACAUCAGCAGUCUUGAGGAGGCAAACCAUCACGCUCGCACCCGCGCUGAUUCGAGAACCGAGCAAAGACCGGCGUCACGCACAGGACGAGCUCGCAGCAAUACCCGCGACGAAUCUCAAAGUCGUGGAAGAUCUGGAGUUCGAUACAUUCGUCCUGCCAAACGUUCUCCAUCUUCACCUGUGCCUAUGUCACCUGAGGAUGCUGGUAUAUACGCAACGAAUACUGAGACUUUCGAUGAUGAACGAUUCUACAAGGUCGGUGUUCCUCCUCCCGUUGCACCAGAAUCUGUUGCGAGUACUCGCACCAACCGCAGCCGCGCGAGACGCGGGGCAAGCAAGGUUAGAUCUUCCUCCAAAACACCGCUUCGUACCGAAUCGCCUGAAGGUGCAACUCGUGCCCGAAGCAAGGGUGCUAGCCGAGCAUCCAGUCGGCGUCCAGCCGAAGACCGUGGAAGGAGCACUACACGUGGGGACAGUGCCACACAUUCUCCUCAAUCUCCCCAGGCAAUACAGCGCGAGGAGCAUGGCACUACCGAUUUCUAUGAAUUACCUCGCCCACGUUACCGAAGCACUAGCCGUCGGCCUGGUGAGGGUGGAGCAGGUACUCGACGAGAGCAGUCCUCAGAACGCCGCGUACCGCGCGACCGCUCUGUCAGUCGGAAACCCACGCCUGCACUCAGAGAAUCUAGCCGCUCACGCGUCAACUUCAGAGAGGCUUCUCCUGACUCAAUGACUUCGGGCCGUUCUGGUGUGUCGCGAUUACGUCCUAUGACACGCUCGAGGAAGGAGGUUGCCGCUAGGGAAUUGGAAGAACGCAGACAGUCCCUCGCUCGACGACCCUCGGCGCCUGUCAUUCCUCAUCCAGGAGAUUUGGCAUAUCGACCAGUUGGAUAUGAGCGUUCUCACACUGAUGACAUGCUGAACACACUUUCGUCAUACCGUGAUCCCAUUCAACGAAGCCAAACCGCUGAUCCCGAGAUUUCGAAGAGGUAUUCGCCUUCGACCAGGGCACCUGUUGGUGCGACCUCGAACUCAUCUGUGGCGAUCGGCCUUCCAGCCAAUCCCCGAGCUAUGCGUCAUCCUCGAUAUAUGACUGCUGACCUGUCCGAGGAAGAAGAAAUCCCUGCUGUCCCGACAAUCCCAGACAACCUCUCACACAUGCAGCAACCUCAGGACAGGUACGAAGAUAAUCUUGGGCCCCUACUCCCGGCGACUACUUUUGGACAAACCAUCAAUCUUCCCCGCUCUGCUUCGGCCCCUCCGCAGGAUCUCUUCCCACCUAAUUCUGGCAUGAGAAAUUCGCCUACAUACCCCAUUGUCAGCAGGCGUCCAUCCCUUGGUGGCACUCGCGGACACGUCAGGAUGAACACUGCACCUGACGCGUCUGCUCCAGCCAACUACAAGCGUAUCAGCCCACCUCCCUUCGCCGCCAGUAUUGCCGAGACUAUUCACGAGAGCCAAGUUGUCAUCCUCGAGCAAGACGACAGUGAGCCUCAUUUCCUCUCAGAACUUCAACAUCUGGCGGCUCCACCGCCUCCGCCUCCGCCACCGCCACCGCCACCUCCACCUCAAAUGUUUGGUAGCGGUAGUACUCCACACAGCCUCGGCAUGAUCAACAUUGCCAUUGAAGGAAGUCCAAUCGAAAAGCAGCAAGAGCUUUCAUCCAUCAUUUCGGGUGCAGGUUCUCCUCAUACUCAUCGUCGAGGCCAUGGAAGCGUGAGCGAAAAUCUCGGCAUGACCUUCAAGAGAGUUACCGACCGCAUGCGUAGCAACAGCCGUUCCCGCAACAAGUCUCCACCGAUGAUGCGCAAUGACGUCUCUCCUUAUGAGAGUAUGCCGGAAUACUCAUUUCCUCGGGGUGGUGGGAACACUCGUUCCCCUAUCGAGGGCGGCAACUUCGAUUCUUACUUUGGCAAGAUCCCACCUCCGCCCCCUCCACCCCAGCCUAUGGAGCAAGUCAUCCCGCCCAGUGACGCAGAGCAAUCCUUCUACAGGAACCCCAAGGAGAUUCGUGCCAAUAUGCCUCCAGAAACGCUGCAACCCGGUGUUUACAGGGCUGGCGUCUAUCACCCUAUGGACACCCCUAUGAUCUAG